AUGUCACCAACCUACCCAACUGUUGACAUCACAACCAAAACGCCACCACACUGUUCCAUUUGUAGUCACCCAACUCUAGGUUAUGGAAGGCAUGGCAAGUCACAAGUGGAUUGUCCUAUUUGUUCAAUGAAAGUUUGCACACCAUCAGACAUUGUCCUUGCAACUGGCAUACUGAUUCUGCAUCAGAAGCCAGAGCAAAAGCAUCACAUCAAAAGUCACAACCUCAGAAUCAACAUCCAGCUAGCAACCAUGUCAAGCCAAUUCAACAACAAAUCCAGCUAUGUAAGCAACAGCUGCCUCAACACCUGA